AUGGUCGCUCGCAAACGGAAGCCAGCGGCGGCGCCGGAGGACGUCUCAACGACGCAGCGCCCAGCGCCGCUCAGCUCUGAUGGCCCGCUAAAUGCGGCACGGCGCGAGCUCAAGAUUAUCGCAGAAAGCCUCGAGAUCGAAGGCAAGGACCCUGCAUGGGGCUCCAACGACGCGACGUCCAUCUUGUCGACAGAGCUCGUGAGCGCACUCGAGCUUGCGACGACGGUCGGCGGGUCGGCUAUCGGUGCACGUGCAACGCUCGGUCAAGUCACGGCUCCUCCGCUAUCGACCGCCGACCUCACGAUCGCAUUUUGCAUUGCGACGACCCUCGGCGCCGACGACGAGGCCAAGACCAUGCCCGACAUCAACAUGGCGGUGAUCGUGGCCACCACGACGUCCGUGCAGAAUACGCUCUUGCCAAAGGCCCUGGCCGGCGCGUCCCACUGCGCGACAACCGAUGCGUAUCGAUGUCUUGCCCACCACCGCCUGUCGCUGCUGUCGGUCGACGGGACGCCGCCGCCGUGCGCGGGUUUCUCACUCCUUCGCCAAGCGCGCGAGUUUGCCAUCCGCGCGAUCCCUCGCGCGAAUGGCAAGUACGACCCCCGGUGCCACGCCAGUGUGCUGCCAGUGGUCUCGGUCGCCGGCAAGGCCUCCGUCGUGACGCUCACCAAGACGAUGGACUACUGCUGCCACGCGAUCGUUGCUUGCCAGCGAUGCGACGCACUCCGAUCGCUUCGGCAGGCAUCGUCGCUACAAAAGAGCUCGUCUAGCUAA